AUGGUCGAUGUUUGGGAAGAUUUGAGACGUCACUCUCGCUCACUUGAAAGCCAUAUCGAUGUGAAGCUUGUAGCCUUAAAUAAGCUAGCUUCCGGCAUAUCUGGGCGGUAUGAAUCGAUGUUUAACGACAAAGCAGCUGUGGGUAGUAAACAGAAUGUAUUUAAUUCACUGUCGACAGAAAUCGAAGGCAUGAUUGCUAAGCUGACACAGGUAAAUGAUCAGAUGACGGAACAUAUUGUCAAAUGUCAAGCCAAUUCCAGAACUGGUGCGUGGGCAUCUGGUCAAGCCUUGCAGCAUACUCUUAGAAGGCAUCGUGAAAUACUUCGUGACUAUUGUACAGAAUAUAACAGAUCACACGAAAACAUAAAAAAUCAGUUGCAACGGGAGAGUCUUUUAGGUGGUAGCUCAAACGAGAGCACAUAUUUAAAUAAUCGUUUGAAAGCGAGUGACAUGUAUUUGAAAGAAAAUGAGCAUAUAUCAAGCUGUGAUCGUCUUUUAGAUGAGCAAAUCAGUAUUGCAAUAUCUACAAAGGAACAUAUCCAUAGUCAGCGAAUGAGCAUGCGAGAUAUAAGUAGAAAAAUGGUUGCUUUGACUAAAAAGUACCCUGUGUUGAAUAGUGUGAUGCAAAAAAUACAUUUGAAAAAGCGAAGGGAUUCAAUUAUAAUGGCGACGGUUGUAUCGACUUGCCUUAUUUUAAUGUAUCUAUACACAAUGCAUACAUAA